UAAUGAGCGGUUCGGCGCGUCACGGGUUUGUGACAUCACGGACAGUGAAGCGCAAGAUGGCGGCUCUGUUAUUGAGACACACCACGCGGCAGUGCCUGUACUCCCAGCUCCGGCCGGCCUUCUGCCUCCAAAAUGCUGUUCCCAUGGGGACGUCGGCCCAGCAGGAGAUGGCUCGAUUCUGGGAUAAGAACACCCGGCUGAACCGCCCAGUGUCUCCCCACAUCAGUGUCUAUAAGUAAGGGCUCAGAGGAGAGAGAGAGAGAGAUCCGGCACCGCAGAAUAAGCAUGACCG